CAUGGCCCUCUAAGCGUCUUAGCAUCUAUGCCCUCUCACCGUGAGAUUCAGACGACAUCGGUCAUCGGCAUGAUCAUGAUCGUGGGAGAAUAGCAAACCUCAGCCUUUCCCACGCAACCGCUCGAGUCUCCGCUCGCAACAGACACCAUGCUACUGAUACGGGGACGACUGUACAUAGCCGUCACAGCUGCAGCAUGCACAUUGCUGUGGAUCGUCCACUGGCUCCCUGCAAUUGCCGGAUUUCCCACGAUACAUGAGGAUUGGUGGCCGAGGCGAGAUACUUACAUAUGGCGGACGAUAGAGCAACACUACCCCUUGACUUCCUUUCGACCAUUGCCGACGGGAAGACCAAAGAACUUUCCGGCCGUGCAGGCAAACUUCCCCGCUGAGACAGCAGCGGCCAGAGACAUUCGGCUACGGCGGCAAGGCGCCAUUAAAGAUGCCUUUCUCCGCUGCUGGAGGACGUACAAGGAACACGCUUGGCUGCAUGACGAGGUGACACCAAUCAGUGCGAAGCCGAGAGACAAUUUCGGGGGCUGGGGCGCAACGCUGGUCGACACCCUCGACACGUUGUGGAUCAUGGAUCUCCGGGACGAGUUCAGCGCAGCCGUCGAUGCCAUUCACAAGAGCAUUACCUUCGCCAACACAACCACUACCGACCCGAUCAGCACCUUCGAAACCUCGAUCCGCUUUCUCGGCGGUCUGCUCUCCGCCUACGACCUCAGCGGAGACCGCCGCCUUCUCUCCAAGGCACGCGAUGUUGGAGAUAUGCUGUACAAGGCGUUCGACACGCCGUCCCGACUGCCCGUCCCCAAAUGGGAUCUCCAUGCCGCAGUGCGAGGAGAGGAACAGUCCGAUCCUGCGCAACUACUCCUGGCCGAGCUGGGCUCGCACGCCAUGGAGUUCGCCCGUCUCAGUCUGCUGACCAAGGACCCCAAGUAUUACGAGACGGUGGCCCGCAUCACGGACCUUCUCAGCGAAACGCAGAUGAAGACCAAGGUCCCCGGUCUCUGGCCAACCACAGUUGGAAUCACCGCGGACACGUUCGAUUCAGGAGACGAGUACACCCUCGGUGCUGAGGCCGACAGCACCUUUGAGUACACGGCCAAGAUGAUCGCACUUCUUGGAGGCCAGCAGCCGGAAUACGAAACCAUGUACUCCCGCAGCAUAGACGCCGCGGCGAGACAUCUUUUCUACCGGCCCCUCCUGCCUGGGGGCAACAACGACAUCUUGGUGUCAGGGACCGUCCGCGUCGACAGCCAUGGCACCCCAAGACUCGAAACAUCGGCACAGCACCUGUCCUGCUUCGCAGGCGGCAUGCUGGCCCUGGGCGGCCGUCUCACCGCCAACAUCACACACGUCGAGCUCGCCAGGAAACUGACGCACGGCUGCAUCGCCCUCUACAAGGCCGUCCCGCUCGGGAUCAUGCCCGAGGCAUGCCGCCUCACAGCCUGUCCGGACGACGCCUCGUCGUGCGACUGGGACGAGCACCAUCCGCAAACGGGAGCCGAGACCAAGGCAGAGACCAUCCAGGCGCGCAACAACCUGCCCCCGGGCUUCACCGACAUGCACGCGCGGUACUACAUCCUGCGGCCCGAGGCGGUCGAGAGCGUGUUCGUGCUGUACCGCGUGACGGCGGACGCGGCGCUCCCGGACUUGGGGUGGGACAUGUGGACGGCCAUCGACAAGGCCACGCGCACGGAGCGCGGCACGAACAGCGCCAUCCUGGACGUCCAUCCCGGCGAGGGGCAGCCGCCGCCGAUGAGCGACUCGAUGGAGAGCUUUUGGCUGAGCGAGACGCUCAAGUACUUCUAUCUGCUCUACUCGGAGCCCGGGGUGGUGAGUUUGGAUGAGUGGGUGCUCAACACGGAGGCGCAUCCUUUUCGGAGGAUGCUGCCGUGAGGGAGACUCUGAGCAGAAAGUGAGAGCGCACGGCGAGCAGACCAGCUCUCUCGCUUCCCACCCUUCGUCGCAUUUUGGAAAAUAUAUUUCUCCUUUUGAGGUAGCCUAGACUGCGGGUCUCUCCACUAACAAGCUUCUUUUC